AUGAGCCAAGACCUUAUUCAGUUCAAAGUGACCGGAGUCGUCCAAGGAGUCAAUUUCAGAUAUCAUACUCAAAAAGAGGCCCAGAAACUCGGUCUGAGAGGUCACUGUUAUAACCACGAGGAUCAGAGUGUGCAGGGAGCUGCUGUAGGCCCGUCGCAAAAGAUUGAGGAGUUCCGAAGAUAUCUGGAGAACGGGCCCCCUUCUGCAGAGGUGCAUGGGGUAGAACUCAUCAAGGAGAUUCGUGGUGCUAGCGAUGAUCAAAUACAGGGGGUGAUAGGAAAAGACAGUGGGUUCCAGGUGAAACGAUGA